CCGCGCGCCUGUGCGGAUCUCGCACGCAAUGUUCUAGCCGCGUCCCGACUCCCGACACCUCACCUCCCACACAUGGCAGGCCCGCGCGUCGCCCGCUUCCUCGCCGCAGCCGCUGCCGUCGCCGCCCUCGUCGGGACGUGCGGCGCUGUGCAGCUGAUCGAGCUUCGAGUGCCCGCGCAGGUGGACGUGCGCGACAACGUGAGCAUGCUGUGCAACUACUCGACAGACGGCGCCCCGCUCUACUCCGUCAAGUGGUACAAGGACGAGUACGAGUUCUUCCGCUACAUGCCUGACGGCAACCCGUCACGCACACAGGCCUUCCCUGUGCCUGGAAUAACGCUGCUCAUGGAUGCUUGCAACGACACUACAGUGACGCUGACGAACCUCACGUUCAACACGACCGGCUCAUACAAGUGCGAGGUGUCCAAGGAGGGGCCUAGCUUUGACACUGUGUACGCCACUAGCAAUAUGACCGUCACAGGUAACCCGCGUGCAGAUCCCGUUCUGGACGGCAUUCGCGAGUCCUACUACCCAGGCGACCAGGUGGUCGCCACUUGCACUGCCGCACCUUCACACCCACCUGCCAACAUCCUCUGGUACAUCAACGGCAAGCUUGUGGAGGAGGGCGUGCAGGAGCUAGAGGCGGAGGUGGACAGCCGCGGCCUGGUGAGCAGCCGGCGGGAGAUCAAGCUGGACGCCGAGCAGCGGCUCUUCUCGAACGGGAAGCGGCUGCGCCUGCGCUGUGACGCCGUCGUGGGCGACGUGAAGCGGCAGGCGCAGCGGUGGGCGGCGCUGGGCGGCGUCGGCUCGCAGCGCCUGCAGCAGGGCCCGCGCAGCGCCGGUAACGCUUUCGCAGAGGCCAGAAGUGCACUGGUGUUUGCCCUCACAGUACUGAUUAUGACGUCCUCACACAGGCAUUAAAGUGACUCGCCAUGCUGAAGUUACAUUAAUGUGAAACAUUCCUGACUUCGUUGCAAUAUAUUUGAAAAGAGGUACGGAGCAACAAGAAGCACACAUUUUUUCAAACUAUUUAUUGAUGUUCGGUAGCAAUUAAAAUACUCUGGUAAUAUAUACAUAUAUAUGUAUUAACGUAUACAUAUGUAUAUAUUCCUAUAUACAUAUAUACAUACACACCUAAUAUAUUAAGUGAUAAUGGGAUGAAUAAUAGCGGCUUCAUCGGGGGUGUGACAGCGGUUGGGCCUUUUUCUAGGGUGGGGCGGGUUUGGGGUGGUGGAGAGUUUCACAAGCCAUAUAGCUUCGUAAGUAGUUUUCAGUGACGUGAAAAGUCUGGGCACAUGUCUACAGUUUUAAAAUGUACACACUUUACCAUGUGAACGUAAAAUGUAACCUAAAUUUUAAUGAUAUGAAGAAAUCUAAUUGUUAUAUUGUUGUUGUUUAAAGUAAAAUAUGUUUGUGGUGUAAUUUACAUGUACGACAUAAAAAAGAUAUAUUGUGUAUCAGUGCAAUUGACAUAUCAUAUAUAUAAUAUUAAUCGAUGAAAUGAGCGACAUAAUUUCUAUGAUAUAUAAUAAUAUACGUGUAAGACUUAGUGCUGUCUGUACCUAGAAUCCUUACUAUGUUCACUCUUUAAAUCCAAAAUUGUUCUGGUGGAAAAUAAAUCGUAUUGCAAAUACUGUUCCAAAUA